AUGGCGGUGUUCCGAAAUGGCCAUGUUCCAAUCUUCCCCACUGUUUCGAGAAGCAGAGUUAGGCUGUGGUUAAUAAACUCUAAAAUCGAAACUCUAUACCCGACCCCUGACGAAAGGCGUGUUUUUAAAGAGGCAAAUCCUCAAGUGAAAAGUUCAGUGUUUGGUCUUAUUCGAGAGCAAGACUUGAAACGUUUGAUGAAUGAGAAAGUGGAAAAACCACGUGCAAAAGUCGCCCGCCGUAUCGACUGUCCAAGUUGCCCCCCAAAGUUUGCAAGUGACCCACCCAAACUAGUUGCUUACAGCGAUGGGGAAAGUUCAGAAGAUGACGAUGGAGCUAUUGCAAUACCGAAAGCUACGUUAUCACGUCCAACGCUGAAUACGUCCAACAAUGCUGCUUCCUCGUCGCCGCAAAAUACGGCGAUUGUCGAAACUGCGAUCCCAACCUCAUCAAAGAAGACGUCUAAAGUUGUUGCUGUCAGCUCAUUUACAACAGAAUUUCCUACGCCGCCUUCCAGUCGUGGUACGAGCAAAGACGGCGGCGAUGACUCCACGCCACAAUCAGGGAAAGAUGCAGGGCUCCCCACAAAUUAA